UACUGUUCCGGCCGAGUUGCUGCAGACCGACUGCGGAGGGAGUGGACGAGGGCUCCCCGCUGACGCUCCUCCUCACAUUUUUCCUCGACUUUUUCCAUUGCUAAGUGGUCUUUUACUCUACAGGAUCCGAGUGGACGGACUUUCUGUGUUGACAAGGAUCAGGAAGCUGUGUCGGCCGCGGUUUGAGAAAGGAACAUGGCUUCCCAGGCUGAUCUGAUGGAGUUGGACAUGGCCAUGGAGCCAGACCGUAAGGCGGCAGUCAGCCACUGGCAGCAGCAGUCUUACCUGGAUUCAGGCAUCCACUCAGGGGCCACCACAACUGCUCCCUCCCUCAGUGGGAAAGGCAACCCUGAGGAAGAUGAUGUCGACAACCAGGUCAUGUAUGAGUGGGAGCAGGGCUUCAACCAGAACUUCUCCCAGGAACAAGUACAAGACAUAGAUGGCCAGUAUGCCAUGACGCGUGCACAGAGGGUGCGUGCAGCAAUGUUCCCAGAGACUCUUGAGGAGGGCAUGCAGAUCCCUUCCACACAGUAUGACGCAGCAAACCCCACCAACGUUCAGAGGCUGGCAGAGCCUUCGCAAAUGCUCAAACAUGCUGUGGUCAACCUGAUCAACUACCAAGAUGACGCUGAGCUGGCAACCAGAGCCAUACCAGAACUCACCAAACUACUCAACGAUGAGGACCAGGUUGUAGUAAACAAAGCAGCGGUGAUGGUCCACCAGCUUUCCAAGAAAGAGGCUUCUCGCCACGCCAUCAUGCGCUCCCCUCAAAUGGUGUCUGCUAUCGUCAGGACCAUGCAGAACACAAAUGAUGUGGAGACCGCUCGCUGCACCGCAGGAACACUCCACAACCUGUCCCAUCACAGAGAGGGCCUACUGGCUAUCUUCAAGUCUGGAGGAAUCCCAGCUCUAGUUAAAAUGCUUGGUUCACCGGUGGACUCUGUGCUGUUCUAUGCCAUUACCACCCUCCACAACCUCCUCCUGCACCAGGAAGGAGCCAAGAUGGCUGUCCGUUUAGCUGGGGGUCUACAGAAAAUGGUGGCUCUGCUCAACAAGACCAAUGUCAAGUUUCUGGCAAUCACCACGGACUGUCUCCAGAUACUGGCCUAUGGAAACCAGGAAAGCAAGUUGAUCAUCUUGGCCAGUGGCGGCCCCCAGGCGUUGGUCAACAUCAUGAGGACUUACACCUACGAGAAGCUGUUGUGGACCACAAGCCGUGUUCUCAAAGUUCUGUCAGUCUGCUCCAGUAACAAGCCUGCUAUUGUAGAAGCUGGAGGCAUGCAGGCUCUGGGGCUCCACCUGACAGACCCCAGCCAGAGACUGGUCCAGAACUGUCUCUGGACUCUCAGGAACUUAUCAGAUGCUGCCACCAAACAGGAGGGAAUGGAGGGUCUGCUAGGAACUCUGGUCCAGCUGCUCGGCAGUGACGACAUUAAUGUGGUGACUUGUGCUGCUGGCAUCUUGUCUAACCUGACUUGUAACAACUACAAGAACAAGAUGAUGGUCUGCCAGGUUGGAGGUAUUGAGGCGUUGGUUCGCACAGUGCUUCGGGCCGGAGACAGAGAAGACAUCACAGAACCAGCUAUUUGUGCCCUGCGUCACCUCACAUCUCGACACCAGGACGCCGAGAUGGCACAGAAUGCCGUCAGACUGCACUACGGCCUGCCCGUGGUCGUCAAAUUACUGCAUCCGCCAUCACACUGGCCACUCAUUAAGGCUACAGUUGGUCUGAUCCGUAACCUGGCUCUGUGCCCUGCAAACCACGCUCCACUGAGGGAGCAGGGGGCCAUCCCCAGACUGGUCCAGCUGCUGGUCAGAGCACACCAAGACACACAGAGACGCACCAGCAUGGGAGGCACACAGCAGCAGUUUGUGGAGGGAGUCCGUAUGGAAGAGAUUGUGGAGGGCUGCACAGGAGCGCUUCACAUCCUGGCCAGAGACGUCCACAACAGAAUAGUCAUCAGAGGACUCAACACCAUUCCACUGUUUGUACAGCUGUUGUAUUCUCCUAUUGAGAACAUCCAGCGUGUAGCAGCAGGCGUCCUGUGUGAGCUGGCUCAGGAUAAAGAGGCUGCUGAGGCUAUUGAGGCUGAGGGAGCCACCGCCCCACUUACAGAGCUAUUGCACAGCCGCAACGAGGGAGUUGCCACCUACGCUGCAGCAGUCUUGUUCCGUAUGUCCGAGGACAAACCCCAAGACUACAAGAAACGUCUCUCUGUAGAACUCACCAGCUCACUCUUCAGGACAGAACCAAUGGCCUGGAACGAGACCGGAGACCUGGGUUUGGACAUUGGAGCUCAGGGAGAGCCUCUGGGCUACAGACAGGAAGACCCAAGCUACCGUUCCUUCCAUUCGGGGGGUUACGGAGGGGACUCGAUGGGUAUGGAGCCCAUGAUGGACCAUGAUCUGGGCGGCCACCACCCUGGCCAGGACUACCCCCCAGUAGAGGGGCUGCCUGACCUGGGACACGCCCAGGAACUGAUAGAGGGUCUGCCACCUGGUGACUCCAACCAACUGGCCUGGUUUGAUACCGACCUGUAAAUACCAAGACCAACAUUACACUACACUUUUUACUAGGUAAGAAUAUCUUCGCUCUCAGUAAC